CCCAGUGGGAAGAAGUUUCGGAGCAAGCCCCAGUUGGCACGCUACCUGGGUGGCUCCAUGGACCUGAGCACCUUCGACUUCCGCACGGGCAGGAUGCUCAUGAGCAAGGUGAACAAGAGCCGGCAGCGGAUGCGCUAUGACUCCUCCAGCCAGGUCAAGGGCAAGCCCGACCUGAACACUGCACUGCCGGUGCGGCAGACUGCGUCCAUCUUCAAGCAGCCGGUGACCAAGAUCACCAACCACCCCAGCAACAAGGUGAAGAGUGACCCCCAGAAGGCUGUGGACCAGCCCCGACAGCUCUUCUGGGAGAAGAAGCUGAGCGGCCUGAACGCGUUCGACAUCGCCGAAGAGCUGGUCAAGACCAUGGACCUGCCCAAGGGGCUGCAAGGUGUGGGGCCCGGCUGCACGGACGAGACCCUGCUGUCAGCCAUUGCCAGCGCCCUGCACACCAGCACGAUGCCCAUCACUGGGCAGCUGUCAGCUGCUGUGGAGAAGAACCCGGGGGUCUGGCUCAACACCACCCAGCCCUUGUGCAAGGCCUUCAUGGUGACCGACGAGGACAUCAGGAAGCAGGAGGAGCUGGUCCAGCAGGUGCGGAAGCGCCUAGAGGAGGCGCUGAUGGCCGACAUGCUGGCCCACGUGGAGGAGCUGGCCCGCGACGGGGACGCGCCGCUGGACAAAGCUGGCCUGGAGGAGGACGACGAGGAGGAUGAAGAGGAGGAGGAGGAGCCCGAGCCAGACCCCGAGCUGGAGCACGCCUAG